GUAAAUAUUCAUUUCAUGAUCUAAUAAUUUCCCAAAAAAUUAAAUUACAAUUUUGGCAAUAUUGUUUCAGUGAACAACUGAAAAACUCAACUUAUCAACAUUACUCCACAAUUCACAAAAAAAAAAAGAUUUAUUUCUUGGUAACUGGAAGUGAUGUUGAUAUAAGCUAAUAUAUAACAUUAUAACUUGUGGCUCAUGAGCAUCCUAAUCUCUUCACUAAAGGCUUAUUUGUCACAUUCUCAUUGGUCACUCUAGAUUCACCACUUUGCCAUGUCAGCUUUUUCUUCUCAUCCACCUGCAAAACAACAUUUAAAACCAAAAUGAGUUUCACUUUUAUGUAUUACUUUGUAUAAUCUUUGGUCACUACCUGAUUACUUACCAUGUAUGUUCCAAUAAGAAAAGUUUCCAUCUUUGCUUAAAAGCAAAAAACUAAAAUACCAAAAGAUUCAAAAAAAAACCAAAACAGUAAAAGUAAAUAGCAAUCUCUGAGAAUCUUAUCCACGUCAGCUCACGGGUCCUACAGAGAAAGCUACAAUAGGAAGAGAUGUUUUCACUUACAGAAGAUUUACUUGGUCUAGAUUUGUUCUCCUUUGUGAAGGUUAUGAGAAAAAAACUUUUUUGAUGAUUCAUGACCUUGUUCAAAACUCAGACAGCCACAAGAUGAUCCAACUACUUUUAACAACCACUAACUCUGCGCCACGUGUAUAUCUCCAAAGAUUCUAUCUUUCCCCUCUCACCACCUAGAUAUAGUCUCAUUAGCCUUCCCUCCUUUCUAAUUACAAUCUCUCCUUUUGCCAACAAUCAUUGCUUAAAAAACACAUACCUUCUUCUUUAGUUAUAAAAAUGUUGAAAGAAGAGAGUAAUGAGAGUGGUACUUGGGCACGAGCAUGUGACACUUGUCGUUCAGCCGCCUGCACUGUCUACUGUGAAGCCGACUCUGCCUACUUGUGCACCACCUGUGAUGCUCGAGUUCACGCAGCCAACCGUGUUGCUUCUCGCCAUGAACGUGUUCGUGUCUGUCAGUCAUGUGAGUCUGCCCCAGCUGCGUUUUUGUGUAAAGCAGACGCUGCGUCUCUUUGUACAGCUUGUGAUGCAGAGAUUCAUUCCGCAAACCCACUAGCUAGACGUCAUCAGCGAGUUCCGAUUCUUCCAUUAUCUGCAAACUCUUGCAGCUCCAUGGCCCCAAGUGAGACUGAUGCUGAUAACGAUGAGGAUGAUCGAGAGGUUGCUUCGUGGUUACUCCCUAAUCCAGGGAAAAACAUCGGUAAUCAGAAUAAUGGGUUCUUGUUUGGUGUUGAGUACCUUGAUCUUGUGGAUUACAGCUCCAGCAUGGACAACCAAUUCGAAGAUAAUCAGUACACUCACUACCAGAGGAGCUUUGGAGGAGAUGGAGUUGUGCCGCUUCAAGUUGAAGAAUCAACAAGUCACCUGCAACAAAGCCAACAAAACUUUCAGUUGGGUAUCAACUAUGGAUUCUCCUCAGGAGCUCACUACAACAACAACUCCUUAAAGGACCUAAACCAUAGCGCAUCCGUUUCAUCAAUGGACAUCAGUGUUGUGCCAGAGUCAACUGCAAGUGACAUAACAGUCCAACACCCAAGAACUACUAAAGAGACGAUAGACCAACUAUCUGGUCCUCCUACUCAGGUGGUGCAACAGCUUACUCCAAUGGAGAGGGAGGCUAGGGUCCUGAGAUACAGAGAGAAGAAGAAGACAAGGAAAUUUGACAAGACAAUAAGAUAUGCUUCAAGAAAGGCAUAUGCAGAGAUAAGACCACGGAUCAAGGGCAGAUUCGCAAAGAGGAUAGAAACUGAAGCUGAGGCUGAAGAAAUCUUCUCAACAUCGCUAAUGUCUGAGACUGGAUAUGGAAUUGUCCCUUCCUUCUAAACUCCUAUGGCGAAGAUAGACUAGAUUGCAUGCUGUAAAUUACUUCUAGUUUGGAUUUCUACAAGUUAUUACUGCAUAUGGGUCCUUAGUUUUGUGACUUUUGUCAAACUAGUACGAGUUUAAUCAGAUAUGUUCCUAUAGCUGCAGUUGUUUAAGCAACAUCUCGCUACAUAAUUGAAUUGGUGAAAUCUUAUCAUAUGGAACAGUGCCUAUCAUAUCUAAUUGAAUUGGUGCCACAUGAAAGAGAUAUGCAUCACUAUGAGUAGCUGUAAGUAGAAAACUAAAAGCGGAUUUCAAGUUGUCACUUCACAAGAAAGACAACGCCUAGUAGGUUCAAAGUAAAUACCUUUCGAUUAUUUUCUGGCUGUA